CACACACACACACACACACACACACACACACACACACACACACACACACACACACACACAACAGGGCUGUCCAUAUCUCAUCCAGGGGAGCGCAUGGAUCCGGGCUCAGGCACACUGCGCGCCGCUGUCCUGGAUGCGGCACAGAUUGAGACAGGAGGCUGCUGCAUGAUCCCUACAUUUGAAAACAUAGAGACAGAUAACUACAUUUGUGUCAGGUUAAACUAAGCAGGCAGAGGAAGAGGGAGCUGUUUUGUCGUGUAAUUGUCGUAGUCAGUGUGUUGGAGAUGGAGCGGUGGAAAGGCAGAGUGGCCCUGGUGACCGGAGCCUCUGUGGGGAUCGGAGCGGCUGUAGCCCGGGCACUGGUCCAGCAAGGCAUGCGGGUCGUCGGCUGUGCCAGGAGUGUCGACAAAAUAGAGAAGCUGGCAGCAGAGUGUCAGAGCGCCGGCUACAGCGGCACACUGAUCCCUUAUAAGUGCGACCUGUCCAACGAGGAGGAGAUCCUGUCCAUGUUUUCAGCCAUCAAGACGCUGCACAAGGGAGUGGACGUGUGCAUCAACAACGCUGGCCUCGCCCACAAUGAGCCGCUGCUCAGCGGGAAGACGGAGGGCUGGAGGAACAUGAUCGAUGUAAAUGUGUUAGCUCUGUCCAUCUGCACCCGCGAGGCCUACAAAUCAAUGAAGGAGAGGAAUGUGGACGAUGGCCACAUCAUCAAUAUUAACAGUAUGGGGGGGCACAGGAUGGUACCCAGUGCUGAUGAGCAUUUCUACUGUGCCACCAAAUACGCCGUGACGGCUUUGACUGAGGGGAUUCGACAAGAGCUCCGAGAAGCCAACACCCACAUCAGAGCCACAUGUAUUUCUCCUGGACUGGUGGAGACUGAGUUCGCCUUCCGGCACCACAACAGCGACCCGGAGAAAGCGGCUGCCGUGUACGAGAGUAUGAAAUGUUUGAAAGCAGAAGAUAUAGCCAGUGCCGUCACGUUUGUCCUCGGUGCCCCCCCUCAUGUCCAGAUCGGAGAUGUGCAGAUGAGGCCGGUCGAGCAGGUGUCAUAGCAGUGAGAAGGGAAGCUGCAGGAGGAGCGGACAGACGGCAGCCACGGUGACUCUUUAGCGACCUCUGGUGGGCGUAGGAAGAAGGGCGUGUGGGGGGUUGGGGUACAAAACAAAUCAACUACAGCUGGUGUUGGAUCUGCAGGGACGUGGUCGAAGAGGGCUGGAGCCUUAAGUAGGCUGGGCGUGGACUUUGUAACACCACUACAGAAAUACUACUGAAUGCAGAAACCUGUUUUUUUUAUUUGUAUGAUGAUUGGUCCUGGUCCUGGACUGAGCUGAAUCUCCAGACUACAGAAGGAACAAAUAGGAGAGGAGGGAGCUGCUGCUGCUGCGCCAUGUGGUCGUCUGCACGGCCGUCAUGUCAGAGGGGAGAGAAUGCCAUUGAUUGCACAUGUUGUGUGUUUUGUUCUGUAGGUCAUGUGACAUAUCUUUUUGAAAUCACAUGGAAAAAAAAAGGUAAUUGCUGUUUAUGAAAAAAUUACCGUUUUCUGUGGUUUAAUUUUUUUUAUAAGUAUUUUAACUUUGAUCAUAGCUAGACGUGUUCUCAUACUCACUAACCGUAAACAAAUCUUUACUGCACUCGCUUUCACUAACCAUCCGCUAGGCCACCCGGCCGCCUUCAAGACCUUUGCACACUGAGUCCCAUUUAUCGUCCGAUAUUGACGCUCGUUUAAAAAGUGAUGUGAUCAUGUGAUCUCAUGUUGUGUCGAUCAGGACUGCACACUGACGCCGAUGUUUCUCAGAAAAUGGUUCGGUUUUCUGCGUUUUCUCGCUUCCAUCUCUUAUAGGCAUGCGUGCUCGGUGCAUGCUUGGUGCGUGCGGCUGGAGUCUGAUCUGUCUCGUUGACUCGGUGCUCAGAUCACGCCACUAGAUCCCCUUCCUCAAACAUACCGCCAGCCGCUGUUCUGGAUGAACUGCUUCCAGUAAAUAGAAAAUCAGUCUAACGUGCGGUUAUACUAAAGCGAGCAGUUAUCGGACCGCUGACUUUCUGAAACUCACCUGCAGAGUCUGCAGCUCCUUUAUGGACCGGAGAAACUCUCCUCGCUCUUGUCUUGUUUUCAAGGAGUGAAGGAAACACUAAAUCAUCUUCACCGCUUGAUCACUCUGCAUGAAGAGGUUCUCAGUCAUCCGGGUCGUGGUAUGCUGGAUCCAAAGACAGCUGGACUCGUCUGAAGAUCUUGAAGAGGUUUCCCCGCUCCUCCUCAGAACUGAAGAAGUUUUUCCGAGGACAAGAGGUGAAAUGUCUUCAACAUCUUCAGCCCAGUCCAGCUGUCUUUGGAUCCAGCUUCAAAUCUCAAACAGCAAACUUUUGCAAUCAAUAAACACUCAACACAUCGGACUCAGCGUGCGAAGGCCUUCACACUCUGCUUAUUUUCCAGAACACGUUCAGUCACCAGGUUUAAGGAAUCAGGACAGAGCAUCACAGACAGAAGUCCUUCUGUUAACACACACACACACCUUUCUCUGGUCCACCUCUCUGUGUGUACCUUCAGUUAUUCUGCACUUCGGAUUCACAAGGAAGUCAAACACUGGAAACAAACGUAUGUAGGGGGAAGACACUAACUCCAUGCACAUGUAUGCUCGAAAGAAAUGUGGAACUGUCUCCUUUAAAUAAAAAAUAAAAAAAAGAUUGCUUGAAAAUAA